AUGAAGUUCACCACCCUCAUCUCCUCCAUCCUCGCAACCCCUGCCCUCGCGCAAACACCUACUGGCUUCACACCCAGCACCAACAUCACGCUCGACGUAUACUAUGGCACACAAUACAUCAGCCCUGGUCUCAUCGUCAAGAAAUCCCUCACACAAAAAGCCCCAACAAUCGGCCUGACAAACACCACCCGUGAACUGGAAAAUACCUCCUCCGCCAUGAUCGGUACAUCGACGGCUCCUCCAAUUCGCGCCCGACAACUGUCCUGCACGCCACUACUCACCGACUUCUCGCCCACCACUAGCCUCCUAAACGGCACAACGGUGCUCAAAACCAGCGCCACAGGGCCAUCGAGCUACUUCGGGCCCGCGCCGCCCGCGGGCACGCCGGCGACGCAUCGCUAUGUGCUUGUGCUGCACGAGCAGCCGGCGGGGUUUGCGGUGCCGGCGGCGCAUAAGCAGGCGGUGUCGAGCCGGUUUGGGAUCGAUUGGGUGGCGUUUGGGAAGGAUGCGGGGCUGAAGGGGCCAGUGGCGGGGAAUUAUCUGCAGGUUAGGAGUGGGGAUAAUUCUUAG